GCGGCGGCGGCGGCGGAGAGCGGUCCCUGCCCGGAGCCAUGCGGGGCCGGGGGCUGCUCUGCGGCAUCGCCCUCUCGCUGCUGCUGCGGCCGCCGCCCCCCGCGGCCGCUGAGGUGCGGCCCCAGGCCGAGGUGGUGGUGCCGCGCUGGGCAGCCCCGGGUGGCCCCGGCAGCCCCAAGCACCCACUCCGAGCUGAAGUUACAGUGGAGGCAGAAGGCCAGGAGCUCAUCUUGGAACUGGAGAAAAAUAGAAACCUCUUUGCACCAGGCUACACUGAGACCCACUACAGCCACACUGGCCAAGCCCAGAGCACCCCCCUGAGCCACACGGAGCACUGCUUCUACCACGGCACCGUGCGCGGCUGGGAGCGCUCCAGCGUCACCCUCAGCACCUGCCGAGGGCUGCGGGGGCUUAUCAUAUUGAGCAGCAAUUCCAGCUAUAUCUUGGAGCCAGCUCCUGACAGCCCAAACCAGCACCUGAUUUACAGGGUGGACAACCUGAGGUUGCAGGGAGGAGCUUGUGGCUACCAGGGCACUGUGGAUGCAGCUGAAGAUUGGCUCAGGAACUUCACAGCUGGGAUGAAAUCACCAGGCCAGAGGGUGAAACGGGACACUCUGCAAGCUACAAAGUACGUGGAGCUCCUGCUCGUGGCUGAUUAUGCAGAGUUUCAGAAACAUCACUUCAGCAUGGAAGCAACAAGGCAGAAAUUAGUGGAGGCUGCUAAUUACGUAGAUAAGUUUUACAGGGCCUUGAAUAUCCGGAUUGCCUUGGUGGGGCUGGAGAUCUGGAAUUAUGGGGAUAAAUGUGAUGUAACAGAGAAUCCCUACUCCACCCUCAAGUCCUUUCUGGCCUGGAGUAGCAAAGAGAGGCUGCACAGAAAACAUGAUAAUGCCCAGCUAAUCACGGGUGUGCCCUUCAAAGGUACCACAGUGGGCUUGGCUCCCGUGAUGGCCAUGUGCUCUGAUUUCCAGUCAGGAGGAGUAAACAUGGACCACUCUGAUAAUGCCAUUGGUGUUGCUGCUACCAUUGCCCAUGAGAUGGGACACAAUUUUGGCAUGAAUCAUGACUCUGCUGGCUGCUGUACCACCCCUGCAGCAGAUGGGGGCUGCAUCAUGGCUUCUGCAACUGGGCACCCAUUCCCCAAAGUGUUCAACCAGUGCAACAGACAAGAGCUGGAGAAGUAUCUGCAGUCUGGUGGAGGGAUGUGUCUCUCCAACAUGCCAGACACCAAAAGAAUGUAUGGUGGAGGGAAAUGUGGAAAUGGCUACCUGGAAGAGGGGGAGGAGUGUGACUGUGGAGAGGUGGAGGACUGCAGGAACCCCUGCUGUGACCCCAGGACCUGCUCCCUGAAGCCUGGUGCUGAAUGUGCCCAUGGCAGCUGCUGCCAUCAGUGCAAGCUGAUGUCCCCAGGAACUCCCUGCAGGACGAGGUCAGGACUCUGUGACCUCCCAGAAUUUUGCACUGGCGAGUCCCCGUUCUGCCCCCCCAACUCCUACCAGAUGGAUGGGGCUGCCUGUGAUGGAGGAAAGGCUUACUGCUACAGUGGCAUGUGCCUCACCUACAGGGACCAGUGUGUGCAGCUCUGGGGGCCUGGAGCACAGCCAGCACCAGAUGCCUGCUUUGAGAAGGUCAAUGCUGCUGGAGACAUCUACGGGAACUGUGGGAAGGACAUCUAUGGGAAUUACAGGAAGUGUGACAUGAGAGAUGCCAAAUGCGGGAAGAUCCAGUGCCAGAGCUCAGCUUCCAAACCCCUGCAGCCCAAUGCAGUGGCCAUAGACACCACAGUGAACAGGCAGCGCUGCCGAGGCACCCACGUGUACAGAUCCGACAGUGAGGAGAAGGAGAUGCUGGACCCUGGCCUGGUGCUGACAGGAACAAAGUGUGGGAGCCAUCAUGUUUGCUUUGAGGGGCGCUGCCAGAACAUGUCCAUCAUCUUUGAUUCUGAGAGCUGUAGCAAGAAGUGCCAUGGGCGUGGAGUGUGUAACAACAACAAGAACUGCCACUGUGACCAGGGCUGGGCUCCCCCGUUCUGCAACAAGGAGGGGACAGGAGGCAGCUUGGACAGUGGUCCCCCUCUGCCUGAAGGCUCUUCAGCAGUUGUGAUAGCUCUGGCAGUCCUGGCUCCCAUUCUCCUUCUCACAGGAAUCUUGUUUUUAUUCUAUUAUCUGAAAUGCUGGAGUAAAUUUACUAUCUGUUCUCUAAAGAAGACACCUCAGUUCAGUGACACCUCUGGAACUGGGCAUGCAAACCCUGCCUUCAAGCUGAGAACCCCCCAGCAGCAGAGGAAGGUGAUUGGCUUCCCUGAAAUCCCACCCAAGCCUCCUUCUCAGCAAGCUCCAGGGCUCCAGACAAGCAGGCAGCAGCCGCCUCCCUUCUCUCACGGGGGGCAGCCCGUGGGGCUGGGGCUUCCCAAGGACAUUCCCCGGAGGACACCCCCGAGCAGGCCAGCACCUCCUGCUCCCAAACCUCCAACCUCUCAGGAUAUUUCAAGGCCCCGGCCACCCCAGAGAGCUCUGCCAGCAAAUCCCAUCCCAUCCAGGUGCAGAGGCUGGCAGGGGAGCAGCCCCGCUGUCCCUCUGCCCCCUGGGCACAGCAGAGCCCCUGGGCACCUCCAGCCUGUGGCAGAGGGUGCUGGUGCCUGGAGAGCUGGAGCAGUGAACAGCUUGAAGGUGGGACAGCCAGGCUGGCGUGGGCAUUCCUGAGGCAGCCUGUUCCUGGCUGGCUCUGGCCCUCAUCACCAAAAACACUCUCACACCUUCACUGCCAUGGACAGUGUCUCAGCCCCUCUCCUCCUGCCCCAGCCCUGCUCCCUCUGGGACUCUCCAGGCUGCAGCCAGGCAUGGCAGGGGUGCCCCAGGUACACGCCAGGCUCAGCUGGACCCUCUGCCUUUUCGUUUGUACGGUAUUUAAAUGUCGUUGUGCAAUAUCCACUGCAGGGAUGGGGUGAUGGGGGUUUCCACGUGCUUUUAAUCAGUUAUUUAAGUAUUACCAGGGAGAACAAGCUGUGAGUGCAGGUGCUGGCCUUGAUGGGCUUUCAUGUGAGUCCUGUUGGCUUCCUCAGCCCCCCCAGGCAGCUGCAGGAGCAUAUUGGUGCUAUACAGAACCCACUGCCUCUGGGGAGAGCAGCUGGUGAUAACACUCUUCAGUUUAUUCUCUGUUUACAGGGGGUGCCAGCUGGGGCUCCAACAGGGAGCCAACUGUGGAAAUAUAAUUUGUGGGGCCACUGUGGAUUUUGGUCAGCUUUAGCAGAGGGGAUUAUUUUUGAUUUCGUUAUUUUCCCCAUAUAACCCUCUCCAGCAGGAACAUUGCAACCCUUCUGCCCUCCAGCACUCGCUUGUCUUGCCCUGGUGCUGUAGGUCCCAAAAGCAGCCCCAGCACGGCCCAUGAGCUCCAAGCCAGGUCAUUAGGACACACUCAAGGUACGACAGGGCAGCUCUGGCCCAGACCCAGAGCAGAAGGCCAGCAGGAGGCUCAGCAGAAGGCAGUGCUGAGGCCCCUCUGCAGCGUGCGGUACUGGCAGCAGGAGAUGUUUCUGCAUGUCUGUGCUGGGCUGUAGCUCAGCAUGGGCAGAGUUACUGCUCCCCAAACCACUGAGAAACCUACCUGGAGAAUGCCCAGGUGGUGAAACAGCUGAACUAUCAACACAACACAUGGUGCUUUUGUAGGGCAGCUCUCUUACUCCAGGCUUUUUCUCCAGGCCAUGGAUGGAGAGAGCUGUCUGUGUGCACUUUAAGCAGCUGAUGGUUCUGACCUUGAGGACCCUCCCUUAUGAAUUUAGUUUUUUCUUCUCCUAAUAGUUUGCCUUUUGUAUGUGGUUUUUUUUUUCCUCAGGAUUUUAAAAUGUGACCUUCUGUUAUGCCAGAUUUUAUUUUUUCCUUGAAAUUAUUUCCUAGGAGAACACAGGGAAAGCUGGAGCUGCAGUUACAACAGUCCUCUUGUGUCUGAUUUAUUAUGGACAAAUCCUCAAAGAGCAUGACUGCUGCUCCACAUGUGAGAAACUGUAUUAUUGGCAUAAAGAAAAUGACUCUUGUUUGCUGGUUCUCUUUCCCUGAGAUCUACUCAGUAAAGAAAUCCCAGAUAAACCCCAAGAACUCAUUAAAUUUGUAGUGAUAUGUAGUAGUAUAUCUGUAGGAUGACUUAGGUCACAAUAGUUUUCACAACUUUACUACCUCUUUCUCCACAAGGAAACAGUUCACAUGAUGUGUCUUGAAAUUCUCUCAGAUUAUUCCUCAUUUACUAAUUUUAGACCUUUUCUUACCUUCUAUGUGCCUGGUAAAACAAACCAACCUAAAAAACUUCUUUCUGAAAUAAGGGGGGACAAGUAAAAGACAACAGCUCUUUAAUCUUUGUCUUUUUCAAUAGUUGGGGUACAUUACAUAUAAAAAUGUGCAUUCAAACAACCCCCAAACUUGUUCCUUGGUAUGUAAGGGCAGGUUUGGCUGCUCACAGUGCAGCCAGACUGUACAUACACUGUAAUUGUUGAUUCCACCACAAGAACUUGAUCUCAUAGCUGAGCCCUCACUGAGGGCAGCAGCACUUCUGCUCCAACCCCUGAUCUUCAGAAAAUGGCCAUUUAAAGUCACUAAAAUUAUUUUCACUGCCUUUCAUGUGAGCAUGGGUUCAAAGUUUCAAAAAAUGCCCCCGGACACACGGUGCUCAGAGAACAACUGGACAUGCCCAAACUCUAAUAGAAAACUUUAUUGCUGGAAUAUCACAAAAAUCUCCAAAAGGUAGUUUUAGUAAGUCCUUUUAAAUUUUCAGAUGUGUGCAAGUUGAAUGAUUGACCCGAGGGGAACUGCAGGAGAAGUAAAAGAUGUUAAACCUGAUUCUUUGAAAGAUAAUAUUACUUGGGAGAACCUGUAACAAAUCCAUCUCACUUUCUCCUAUGUCCACAUGUUAAUGGUUUACAACAAUGCUCUCUAUGCAUCUAUGCAAAUACUUGAAGAAUGCAAUUUAUUGUGCCUUUUGCCUAGUUUUAAUAAAAUUUGUUGGUUGUCAUUAACAAA